AUGACUGUAAACGGUGCUGGAAAGGAGCCUAUUAAGGCCAUCGUCAUCGGCGCCGGCCUCGGCGGAUGCGCAUGCGCGCUCGCCCUCAAGCACCACGGGCACUCGGUCGUCGUGUACGAGCGGCUCAAAGGCUUCCGCCGGCUCGGCGACUCGCUCGGGCUAGGCGAAAACGCGCUCAAGCUGCUCGAGCGAUGGGGCGGCGCGGACCUGUACCGCAAGCUGACGAGCAUCGGCAACCAGGCGCCGGACAUGCAGAUCCGGCGCUGGCACGACGGCAAGAUCCUCGCGCAGCAGCCGCUCAUGGACAUGGCGGGGUACAUCGGCCACCGCGGCGAUUACCACGAGGCCUUCAUCCAGGCGGUCAAGGACGCGGGCAUCGAGAUCAGGAUGGGUCGGGAGGUCGUCGCGUACGAUGAGACGAAGCCGAGCGUGCUGUUCGCGGAUGGCGCGGAGGAUGUUGCGGAUAUUGUGAUUGGUGCCGAUGGCAUUAAGAGCCGCGCCAGGGAGCUAGUGCUGGGGUUCGAGGAUGCGCCGAAGAGUAGCGGGUACUCGUGCUAUAGGGCGUAUUUCCCCGGAAAGCAUUUACGGGAGGAUCCGCUGUGUCGCGAGUUUGUGGAUCAUGAUUGUGUUAAUAUUUGGAUUGGCAAGGACACACAUCUAGUCCAGAACACGCUUCGAAACGGCGACGAGUUCAACUGGAUCGUGACGCGCAAGCUCUCGCACGAGGCGGAUAUGGUGAUCAAGGAGUCGUGGUUCCAAGAAGGCAAUAUGAACGAGGUCAAGAAAUCGCUGCAGGACCUGGACCCCCGCAUACGUGCCGCGGUCGACAAGACAGAAGCUUGUCUGGAUUGGAAAAUCUGCUAUAGAGACCCGCUACCGACUUGGGUGUCUAAGAGUCAUAAGAUCGCGCUAUUAGGAGAUAGUUGUCAUCCUCACCUACCGACCAGCGCGCAAGGAGCGAGCCAGGCGACGGAGAGCGCAGGCGUGCUGGCAGUUUGCUUAAAGUUGGCCGAGAAAGGAAAUGUUCCACUAGCGACAAGAUGUUACGAGAAAUUGAGAUUCGCAAGGACCAGGGCCAGCCAGACGAACGGGGAAGAUUUGAGAGACCGUUGGCACAACGCGCUCAAGGAUGUGGACGAGGGCGUAGAGAUCGACCCCGAGUCUGUCAAGAUGCGCAAUAGGUGGCUGUAUGCUUUCGAUGCCGAGGCGGACACGCUCGAGCGCUGGGAUGAGGUGUCGGCGCUGGUUAAGGAGGAGUUGAAGACGGGGAAGAUUACGCCGUUAUGCUAG